CCACCCGGGAGGCCAAGUGUGCCUAUGUUAUCAUCCUCAUGGCCGUUUACUGGUGCACAGAAGUCAUCCCUUUGGCUGUCACAUCUCUCCUGCCUGCUAUAUUGUUUCCUAUGUUUGGAAUUUUGGAGUCUAAAAAGGUGUGUAUGCAGUACUUGAAGGACACCAACAUGCUGUUUGUUGGGGGGCUGAUUGUGGCAGUAGCCGUGGAACACUGGAAUUUGCACAGACGCAUUGCACUGAGGGUCCUGCUGAUUGUCGGAGUGAAGCCCCCACGCCUGAUGCUGGGCUUUAUGGGCGUCACCGCCUUCUUGUCUAUGUGGAUAAGCAACACGGCCACGACCGCCAUGAUGGUCCCUAUCGUCCAGGCUGUCUUGGAUCAGAUGAACAGCACAGAGCAGAACCUGGUGAUUAUGGACCCACAGAUGGGGCAAGUGAAUUCAGCGCCUGAGCUAGAGGAGAGGCAGGUCCUUGGUAACGGACACAUUCGUGAUGAGCCCAAAGCUCCUGGUGCCGGGGAAUUUAAUAAGCACAUCAUGAAGGGGAUGACACUGUGUGUGUGCUAUGCUGCUAGUAUUGGAGGAACCGCGACGCUCACAGGAACGGGGCCAAACCUGGUUUUUAAAGGCCAGAUGGACCAGUUGUUCCCCCAAAAUGACGAUAUCGUGAAUUUUGCUUCCUGGUUUGGAUUUGCAUUUCCUAAUAUGAUUCUGAUGUUGAUUAUAUCUUGGUUGUGGCUCCAGUUAUCAUUCAUGGGGUUCAAUUUUAAAAAAACAUGGGGCUGUGGGAUUGAAAGAACAGAAAAAGAGAAAUCUGCUUUCAACGUGCUCAAGGACGAGUACCAGAAACUAGGCCCUGUCUCAUUUGCUGAAUUCAGUGUCCUUAUGCUCUUCUUUCUGCUUGUUCUUCUGUGGUUUACCAGAGCUCCCGGCUUCGUUCCUGGCUGGGCCACUUUCCUCUUCAAUAAAGAUAAAGAGUAUGUUACUGAUGCCACCGUAGCUCUCUUUGUUGCACUACUACUGUUCAUAGUUCCUGCCACUAAACCCAAGUUCAACUGCUUUAGUCAAAAUAGAGUUAACCCUGAACAUAACAAAGAAGCAUUCCAUGCUCUGCUUUUAUCAUUUCAGCCCUUUUUCCCAGCCCCGCUGCUGGACUGGAAGGUGGUUCAGAAGAAGCUGCCCUGGAACAUUGUGCUGCUGCUAGGGGGAGGAUUCGCCUUGGCCAGUGGAAGCGAUGCUUCUGGUCUGUCGAAAUGGCUGGGGAAUCAGAUGAUCCCAUUGCAUGCUAUUCCACCCUGGGCCAUUGCAGUGAUCGUUACACUUGUUGUCGCAACCUUCACCGAAUGCACCAGCAAUGUAGCUACGGCCACCCUCUUUCUACCUGUCUUUGCGUCCUUGUCACAGUCAAUCAAAGUCAAUCCUUUGUACAUCAUGAUCCCUUGUACGCUCAGUGCCUCUUUUGCCUUUAUGCUCCCAGUGGGGACACCUCCAAACGCGAUAGUAUUUUCCUAUGGUCACCUCCGCGUUGCAGACAUGGCAAAAUCUGGAAUAGUGAUGAACAUUAUCGGAAUCAUCUGCGUCACUUUGGCCAUCAACACCUGGGGACGUCCCAUGUUCACCUUGGACACGUUCCCAUCCUGGGCCAAUACCACGGCUGGACAGUGAGGAGUAAAGAAUUUAUCAGCAGACCCAAAGGAAUCCUAGUACUGUUUCUUCCUUGCCCCACAUCCUGCCUAGAGCCUUAUAAGCACCUCAGAUGCUGCAUUAGGAUGAAUGCAACAUUUUGAGUUCUAAAUAUCAGGUCAGCUACAAAUCAACUCAUUCCAGCAGAGACUGAGCCACAUGUGCUGCAUCUGCACUGCAGUCCGGGGAGAGCCGUCCCUAUUGUGCCUGUGAUCUCUGUGGGUCUCCACACAAGACAGGAAUGUAGCUCAAGCUUUGAUUUAUCUUUUUUAUAUGAAGGAGAGGCGGCGCUGCAAUGAGUGGCUUGAACCUCCAUGAAACUAGUGAGCACUUGGACUGAGCAUGCCAACUGUCAUUUGGAGGCUACUGCAGGACUGGUCCAUGCUCAGCAAUGUCGGGAGAACAAUUCCUUCGGAAUACAGAGCCAGCAGUGUUCUCUGAACCCUGGUCUUCCCUUCCAAACCUUUGCACAUUAGCACACAGCUGGGAAGGGUCUGGCUGACUAAUACCAAGCUGAGAGACCAGGUCUCGGCAGUCACGCCAGGCUGAGCUUUGGUCAGUUUCACGUUGUUGCCCGUUGCACUCAGGAUUCAACAGAGCAAGUAUUUUAUUAGACAACGUGGAAGUGAUCAGCAUGGGCAGCCCAACUUUCAGGUGUAUUCAAACCUCCUAGAUUAACCCCUUAAGUGCCCACCCUGCAUACUGUGAGUUAACUCUUUAAUUCUGGGUUGAAGACAAGUCCUGAAAGACCAGCCCUUCAGUGGGAACAGACUUUGAACUUGUAUCAAAAUAUAGCAAUAAUCAGAAAGUGAAUUUACAGCUAUUUGUGGGAUGGAUCCUGAAAUCCUUACACAUGGAUCCCUGUGCCAAAGGGCUCCAAUAGCUGGGCCAAGGGGCUCCAAAUGGCUGCUUUGUUUGAUACAGGUCUGACUACAGUCCUGUGUGUAAAGUGUUUUGUAGCACCUGGAAUAGCACCAUGAUUUCUCUCAGUUUUUCUGGAUCAACUGGUGGCAGACAGCUACAAAAGUGUCUGGCAAUGCUUCUGUGGAAAGGUUUUAUUUAGCCUUUGGGGGCUAAAUUAAUGAAAGCCAUAACCCCACAGUUUAGUGGAAUGACCACAGGCCUGGGUGCCAGGCACCUCCUAAGUUCUGUUCCCAGACUCAAUAUGUAGCCUUGACUACAUGGUCACAUAAUCACUAAACCACUCUGUGCCUCAGUUUCCCAGCUUCAAAAUGAGGAUAACGCUACUUACCUACCUCACAGGGGUGUUGUGAGGCUUAAGAGCCCAACUCCUGCAGCCCUAAGAGGUCAGCUUGGAAAAGGGCUUCAGGAUUUGGCCCCAAUGUAACAAAUUAAUGCACAUAAGAUGUUAAAUGUUGUUAUGCUUUUUCUUUAUAGAACUGGGAAAAUAAUUAUUGCUUUGCCUUUAAAAGCAAAGACAAUAUUUAUCUGCAAAAACCUCUAGUGAAGAGCGAGAGGUAUGUCCUAAAGGAAAACCCUGUUUCAUAAUUAUUUAAAUUCAUUGUGUAAGGUCCUGAUCCUGUAAGGUGCUGAGCACCAUCCCCCCCAUUGACUCUGGUGAGAGUUGCACUUGGGCUCUCCAAGGGAUAUACUCAUUCUCUCAGGUAGGCUUGUCCUGGAGUUUCCAGGAAUUAGAGAGAAAUCUUAAAGAGAUCUUAUGUCAUGGGUUAAAACCUCCACGAAUAUGUCCAAGCAGAAAUGGCAACCCUAGUCUCAGGUUUAAAGAGUUUGUACUUUGGCCAAAAGCCCAAUACAGUGUGGGUGGCCCCCUCCCUAUUACUGCAGGGGAAGGACAAAGUUCAUCAGCAAUUGGGUUUUCUGGCUGAUGAACUUCAUCUAACAAGCUACAACUGUCAGUGUGUUAAGGAAGAUCCCAAACCAAGCAAGAGCUGUUAUAGUUGUGGGCAUCUGAUGAACACUUGCCUACACAGAGAAACACAAUGGCUGUGUCUACAUUGGCAAGUUAUUCCAGAAAAUCAGCUGCUUUUCCGGAAAAACUUGCCAGCUGUCUACACUGGCCGCUUGAAUUUCCGGAAAAGCACUGACGAAUGUAAAAUCAUCAGUGCUUUUCCAGAAAAACUAUGCUGCUCCCGUUCGGGCAAAAGUCUUUUUCCGGAAAACUGUUCCGGAAAAGGGCCAGUGUAGACAGCACAGUAGUGUUUUCCGCAAAAAAAGCCCCAAUCGCGAAAAUGACGAUCGGGGCUUUUUUGCGGAAAAGUGCAUCUAGAUUGGCCACGGACGCUUUUCCAGGAAAAGUGCUUUUCCGGAAAAGCGUCCUGCCAAUCUAGACGCACUUUUCUGGAAACAUGUUUAACGGAAAACCUUUUCCAUUAAAAGCAUUUCCGGAAAAUCAUGCCAGUGUAGACGUAGCCAAUGAAAUCAAUGGGUAUGCAUUACAUACCGUGUUCAGCUGCUUGUGUAAAUCCCACUAGACAUCUCUCCACGUCUUUUGUAGGGUGACCGGAUGUCCAGGUUUAAUAAGGACAGUCUUGAUGCUUGAGGCUUUUUCAUCUAUAUGAGCCUAUUACGCCCAAACCUGGCCCCAUUUUCACCCUUGCUAUCCAGUUACCAUAACCUUUGGUGCCUAAAUCUCUUUGUAAAUCUGGCCCAAUGUGCUGCCCUGAGAUGCUGAUUGCCCUUGACUCCCAGUGCCUUUUAGGAAGUGAUCCAAGGGCCUCUUUGCGGGAGAGUAAUGACUCACAAGUCUCCUUUUUAACUGGUGGGAUUAGAGCUGGGUGAAACUUUCCAGUCGAUAACACCCAAACUUGUAGCAGAUUUGUUCCAUGAUUUUCAAUGCGAAUCAUUUCAAGUAUUCAGUUUGGAACAAUUUUUCCUUUCCAGAUUUUGCUUUCUUUUAUUUAAAAAAAAUCAAUAAAAUUCAGAAGAGUUUAAAAAAUGGACAAAAUUAAAUCAAAAGCUUUUCUUCCAUCCAAAAUAUUUUUCAUGGCUUUUCAGAACUUUCCAUUGAACUGAAAAUAAUCAUUUUAUUCAUCCCGCUGUAGCUGGGAUGUGAAAUCAGGGUGCACUAGGGCUAUGUCUACACUGCCAUGGUUUUUUUUUUUGGCAGAAGAUAUGCAAAUUGUGCUCUCAUUUGCAUAUCUUCUGCUGAAAAAAAAUGACAGUGUAGAUGUAGCCUCGGAUGCCAUGGCAGGUUCUUAUUUUUCCUGUCUAAAUUAACUUAAUUAAAAACUUUCCACUUCAAAGUAGGUUUCUCAGAAGGCCCUUAAUUUAGGCGUUCCCCAGCUCUGUGAGCAGGAAGAGUAACCUUGGGGGAAUUUUCAUAAGAUGAGGAAACAACAUUGUUAUUUGAGUUGUCGUGUCAGUCAGGAGAUCUUUUUCUCGUAUUGCUGCAAAAGUGGAAUUUGAACUUUAUUUUCCUAUGUGGGCAUAUAAGAUAUUUUAUUAUUGGCAGGAGAAGAGAGGCAUAUAGGUGUGAAAAGAAAGAACCUGGUUUCAAAGGGUUUGUGUCCUUUUGUUGUAAUUAUUGAGUCCUCUUCAUACAUGUCCUUUAAAUAUCAGGUUUUUCCUUCUAAGGCAGCUUAACUGGAAACAUCACAGGAUGUGAACCUGCCAAAACAAGCGGGUGAAUUCCAUCUUCUAUCCAGCAGAGAUUGUUUUCCUUAUUACCCAACACAGGGCAUGAUGACUUUGCAUGACACCAGUGAAGGGCAACCUAGGCUAGUGAGUGGGCUUCAUGUGUGAUCCUCCAUCAUCUUAGUGAGCUGUAAGAUUAACCUAGCCAUGGUAGCCUCCCCAGAUAGUUAAAUUUGCUAACUGUGCUUGCGUACUUAGAAUUUGUGGGGCGUUCCCGGUGAACCGCAGCAGCACUUUGAUUGGAUGCAGAGGGAGUGCAAGUCAGUCAGUAUAGAGUGCAAUCAGCACGCACCUCACUUCACAAGCCUUUCCUGAAGGUCUGUGUCUCUUUAGUAAUACCGAUAGGAAAAAACCACAGAGAAGGAAAGUAGCAGAAUCUGGCAACCCUGCCCAUGGGCAACGGUAAAGAAACUAUCUCGCGAACUGCAUGUAGAGCCCCGAUGGACCGCAUGUGGCCUUUGAGUUGCAGACUGCCUAUCCCUAUGUUACACUCUGUUGCAUUAUGCUGUAUGCUGGUGUCGCUGCACUCAAGCCAGUGAAGGUGUGGUUUGUGGGAAGGGAGCAGAAGAAGAAUCCCAGGCUUUGCUGAAGUGAGGAUUUCAAGGGGUGCUGGCAGACCGUGUUAGCUAACACUCACUAAAAAGCUAUGUACAUAAAGCAGUGUAGACUUGAACAUAUGCUAAACUGGUCACAUUACAGCCAAGCCCCUAGAUGGAGCUUAAAAUGGGAGGAAUUGCCUCAGAUGGACGAGUAACCCUAAUUGUUGAAUGCAAAGCUUAGACGAAUGCUCUGGUGCAGAUGUCAAGGCUGCCUUUUCUCCUUCAGGCAGCAAGUUUACACUGCUCUGAGCAGCUGUAUGGGGAAGGAAUUUUUGUUUUAUUUCCGUGGAGCAAUACCUUGUUCCACAAGCAGUGCCAUUCAUUUCAAUGAGCUUCUGCCAUAGAGUGAGGAACUAUCUCCGCCAAGCAUAGAUGUCAGAAUCUGGCCUUUAAGGAAGAACUAGCCUUGUACAAUGUAUCCUGUGUAAAUGGCACAAACAGGCUUUUCUUCAGCUUCAAUCAUGCGUAUCGUCCUGUACCAGUGCCUUGAGUAAAUAUAGGUUGGCAAUGCAAGGGGAAUUGCACUCUGUUUGUCAGUGCUAGAUUAUGUCUGCUGCUAGCAUUUCUAGGUACACACUGUUAUAGAUAUUCAUAUUGGGAACAUUUCUUCUUAGUCCAUCUUACAAUGUUCAGGCUUUAGCUCAAGUGCUGCUAUUGGAGUUGAUGGUCUUAUAUGUCUGGUUCCCAUGCUGGGUAGGGUAACCAGCCUUUUCCCUCCUGCAGCAGGCUCAUUUCCCAAAUGGUUGGCCAGGGACAUUAAGGGUGCAUCUACACAGCAGGGCUUAAGUCGAAAUAAGCUUUUCAAAUUGAGCUACGUCAAUUGUGUAGCUUAUUUCAAAAUAGCGAGUGUCUACACAGCACUUAUUUCGAAACAGAGCACUCUUCCUCUGGCUUCCCUUACUCCUCGUACAAUGAAGGUUACAGGAGUCAGAGUAAGAAGUCCUCCAACUUGACAUUAUUUCAACAUUAUUUUGAAAUAACUGCCUGCUGUGUCAACGCAGACCAUGUUAUUUCAAAAUAAUGUUGCUGUGUACACGUACCCUAAGAAAGGAUGUGGCAGCGUCAGUGUUUUCAGGGCUGUGCAGAGAGUAGUGCUCUCUCCAGGGCUAGAACACCGACCAGGUCCUGUUACCACGUGCUACUAGAGCCUGGGUCUUUGAGCUCAGUUCAAUGGCAGGUGAAAAGCUGGCUGGCACAACACUUCUGGUGUUCACUUUUAGGAGAAAAUCCAGUGCUCUCUUUUUUGAAAGCCAUCUUGUAGGACAGAGUUGGCACUACCCUGCUUUUAUGUCCAUGGAACUAUGGGUGUUCAAGGUUCUUCUUCAUGGACACUGAGCAGCUAAUACUGCUUCCUACUGACUAGGGGUACGUCUGCACUAUCACCCUAGUUC